UGGUUUUUCACAGGAUCUUCCACAGAAUUAAGGCUUAUGAUUGUCGGUAGCAGUGGGACUCCACAGUUCCUACUAACCAAUGCCAUUCUUGGAAGGGAGGAAUUUCCUGAGGAUACCACAACCAUUUCUGACAGCAGGAAGUAUAUUGGCGAGCUGGCUGGACGACGAGUGGCUGUGGUUAAUGCACCAAACAUCUAUGACAAGGACAUAUCUCGACCCAAGAGGAAGAGGGAGCUGAGAAGGUCGAAAUGCCUGUGUAUCCCUGGUCCACAUGCUUUUCUUGUUGCCUUUGACAUAGAGGAUAUCUCCCUGAAUGACAUGAAAGCUCCCAAACUGUUGAGGAAGCGCUUUGGAAGACACUGUCUGAGGCACUGCAUGGUCCUCCUCGCCUAUGAUGGAAAUCUGGAGGGUGCUGCCCUGGAAAAAAGGGUGCAGAAGACCGACUGGUACCUGAGAGAGCUGGUAGAGAAGUACAACGGGCGCUUUCAGGUUUUCAGCAAGAACUGGAGGGACCGUAGCCGCGACAGGGAGCUACUGCAGAAGAUAGAGCGGAUGGUGGCCUCUUUGGGAGGGGGCUUCUUCUCCAGCAGAACCUUCCAGAAGGCAGAGGACUUUGUGAAAAAGGAGGAGAAGAGGCUCAGGAAGAAGAGGUCAGCGGAGAUAGAGAAGGCAUGGACUGAGCUGGAGAAGCAGAUAGACGAGGACAAGGAUGUCUACACCAACAAUGUGGGUGCAGAGAUCAGAGCCAAGGCGGAGAUGAACAACGGGUGGCUCAGAACUUCCCUGGCAAGAGGACUGGGGAUGGGAUUUGUAGUCGGAGCUAUCAUGGGUGCUCUGUUUGGGUCCAUCGAGGGUCCGGGUGGGAUGGUUUUCUACGGGAUCAUAGGUGGUGCAGUGGGCGGCUCAGCAGGAGGGACAGCCCAUGUAGCUAUUAAGCACAUGGAGGACAGGGUGGCCCCUCCUGCCAGACUCAACUUUAACUCAAUCUUUAUCAAUCGCUUCUUUGCAGCUCCUCGUCCUUGACUUUUGACCUUGAAAUAGGUAUAAAAAAAAACCCUUCACACCAUGUGGUCUUUGUAACACUUGCUGAAAUAGCUUGUACAAACGUAGAUAAGGACAUCCCCUUUAGGUUGAACAAACCUGUUCCAAACUAAGCAGCCUAAGGGAACCACCAAUGAUCAAGAACAGCAAGUUUGAUGCAUGCAUU